AGUUAAAACUGAAUACAUUCGACGGAUAGUACAUUGCGUUUGUCGCGACCAGUAUGGGAACUAGUGCGUUGCGCGACGUGCCGUUUGUGCUGGUUGUUUUCAGUAGUCGUACUCGUAUUACUCGUCGUCGUACCAAUAAUACUACAAAUAAUACGUGCGUUAUUAAUAAUAUUUGUAAUAAAAAUAUAGCUGCUGCUGCUGCUGCUGGUGUUAAUGCUGAUUCUGUGCUGAUGUCGUAUAAUACAAGUAAUUACAACGCCUUUGCUACACCAUUACGACGAUUGGCGGCCACCAAUAUUACACAGCUCCAAUAGGCUUCGCGUACAUACACAUGAACGCCGAUAUUUUCAUCUUAUUGUGGUUACCUUUUGGCUUAAUACAUGUAGUUCGCAGUUACGAUGGAUAUACCACAUGUUCGAAACCAUUCAGAAAUUCCAGAAGUUGGUCAGACUUACCAUGCGAUUUCAAAAAUGAAAAUUGGUGCGUCCUUCCUGGAAGUGCGUAUCCUUGGCACGCUGUACGCAGAUUUGUUUUCGAGAAUCAUGGUUUAAUGAAACGUAUGUACGGAGAACAAAGGCACUUCUCUGUAUUACGAGCGGAGAUCGAAACCAACGAUGUAGAUUACGGCAGCGACAACUGGCACGGUUAUAGCGAGCCGGCGUUUAAAAAAUACGACAAAUCGACACCGACGAUUCUGAGACAAACGUUUACAUCUGCAUCAUCAUCAUCACCAUCAUCAUCUAGUACCACCUCUUCGACGACCACAUCGACUUCGACGGUAACCACUACGACGAGCUCGACCACAACGAAAUCCACUGCUGCGCUAGAUAACACGACGAUUACAGACCUACCUUAUAGUACAGAAGAUGAAGACGUUACAAGUACAGAGAACGCUUUUGAAACCACUGUAUCAGAAGAGUUACCAUUAUCUCCAUCCACAUCGACUAGUGCCUCGAGUCUAGAGUCGAGUAAAACUUUGCAGCCGCAGAUUUUCCAAGGGACUACUACGGAGUUGCCUACGUUCAGGUUGAAAGGAGUGAAUGCGUGCCCAGUCAAGGAAGAAGUAGUGGCUCCAUUUUGGGCCAAUAAUACCAGAGGAGAGAUGCUAGCUUUAUUGAAUUUAUAUCCAUUUGAACAAUACGUUCAUUGGGAAAGAUGCACGUUCGAGCAUAAACAAAUGUAUUGCAGACAAGGCUGCAGAUGCGAACAACAAUACAGACUACAUCGUCUGCUGGCGUAUGACCCUACCAACGAUUGCAGAGGUAUAUUUUCCGAUUGGUUUAAAUUUCCGUCAUGCUGCGUUUGCAAAUGUUACGAUAUCGUUGGUUCGAUCGUUGCUUCGAGAAGUCCUAGAGUAAGUGAAGAAAAAGUAAACUUUCCGCCUUAUUUUCCAGGCGGCUGGAAUGAUUAGAAUUAGAUAAUGUUGUUCUUUCAUUAUAAUGAUAAUAUUGUACUAGUGAUAAAUUAUUUUCGCUUCGCUCGCUUUCUUCGUUUUUUUUUUGUCAAUUUUUUGUGAGAUGAAAAUCUUUUUGUUUCAAAACAGAGAAAAAUUUCAAUUUUCGUUGAAUAAAAGAAAUCAAAUUUCACGCUUAAUAUUAUAACUUUCAUAGCUUUAUUUAUGUAUUUUUAAUUUUAUUGAUGCUCAAUUUUUAAUUUUCUAUUAAUUUAGUGAGUUCCAUUGUAAUAUGAUCAAGUUUUACGUACUUAUAUGCAUAACUGUUUUUUUCUCUCCUAUAACCGUAAGCGUCAUUAAUUUUCUUUUUCUCUGCGAUAAAAGCCAUGUCGUUGUACUUAUUGAAAGUGUAUAUAUUUUUUUGUUACCUUAAUUUUUUUUAUUUAAUUAUAAGAGAAAAAUUAUUUAUAUUUAUAAGAUGGAAAUUAUUGGAAUUUUGCCGGGUAGAUUAAAAACGAGCCUGAUGAAAAAUCAACUGAAAGAAUAAUAUAAUUUGAAGAAAAAAUAUUAAUUCUAAGUGAUUUUUUAUACAUUUUUUUUUUAUUAGCAUCAGUUUGUUUUUCAUUUCGAAAGUUGAGAAAUAAAUCGAUUUGUUUUCAAAUAAAUUUUGUAUUAAUUUAGUC